AUGGCGCUCACUUCCGCACUCCAGGAAACCAAGCAGCCCAGUGCGCCAUUACAACAGCCACAGCUCAACACAUCACUUGCACCGGUCGAGUCCUUGAUCAUCACAGCAAUGGCCUUCACCGACAGCUGGACCCACGAGAUCGAAUCGCCGGUCGCCGCGUCGCGCCUCUUCCGUGCCGGCGUCAUGGACUGGCACACACUGGCCCCUAAGCUCGCACCGCACAUCGUCGCCAGCGCCCACCCCGUCGAGGGCGAAGGCGGCAUCGGCAGCGUCAGGCAGUUCAACUUCACCUCAGCCAUGCCCUUCAGCCUCAUGAAGGAGAGGCUCGAGUUCAUCGACGCCGACAAGUGCGAGUGCAAGUCCACCCUCAUCGAGGGCGGCGGCAUCGGCACCGCCAUCGAGAUGGCCACCUCGCACAUCAAGGUGGAGGCGGCGGCCAACGGCGGGAGCGUCGUCAAGGUGGAGUCGACGUACAAGCUGCUGCCGGGCGUGGAGGUGAACGAUGAGAUCACCAAGGCCAAGGAGUCUGUCACGGCCAUCUUCAAGGCCGCCGAGGCAUACCUCGUCGCCAACCCGGACGCCUACAACUGA